AUGGGCUUCCUCUCUAAGCUGACCCAGGCCUGCACCAUGGGCUUACCUUUCCUGCCAGAGGACACCUGCGCCAAAGCUCCUCAGGUAGCGGGUAUCAAAGUUCAGCUGGAGACGUUCGAACUGUGGCAGCAGUUUGACCAGCUUGGCACGGAGAUGAUAGUCACAAAAGCUGGGAGGAGGAUGUUCCCUACCUUUCAAGUGCACAUCACAGGCAUGGACCCUGCAGCAGAGUAUGUCCUCCUGAUGGACUUCAUUCCUGUGGAUGACAAGAGAUACAGGUAUGCCUUCCAUAGCUCUUCGUGGCUGGUGGCAGGGCGAGGGGACGCAGCGGUACCGGGACGUGUCCACUUCCACCCGGACUCGCCGGCCCGCGGGGCUCAGUGGAUGAAGCAGACUGUCUCAUUCGACCGCCUCAAACUCACCAACAACCUGCUGGACGAUAAUGGCCACAUCAUCCUGAACUCCAUGCACCGGUACCAGCCUCGGCUUCAUGUGGUGCUGGUGGAUCAACGGAAGGACAGUCAGCUCACCGCCCACCGCAACUUCUGCACCUUCUCCUUCACCGAAACGCGCUUCACUGCAGUCACAGCCUACCAGAACCACAGGAUCACUCAGUUGAAGAUAGCCAGUAAUCCCUUCGCCAAAGGCUUCCGCACUACAGACUCUGAUACCUGGUAA